CAAUGGUGUCUUCUUUGGGAAGUGGAAUGGUGAGAUACAUUGCCUUUGACUUCCAUAAGGAUUGUUAAAAUAUGAGAUGGGAUUGACUACGUAUUGUAUUGGAUCAGGUAGCAGAAAUGCAAGAUGAAUUAAUUUAUUUUCUAGUGGACUCUGCUGGUCAGGUGGUGACAAACCGGGAAGGCAAGUUCCAAAGCAAUUGCAUGGAUUGUCUAGACAGAACCAAUGCGAUCCAGAGUUUGCUAGCUCGUCGGUCACUUCAGGCCCACCUUCAGAGACUAGGAGUUUUGCAUGUGGGACAAAAGCUUGAAGAACAAGAUGAGUUUGAGAAGAUUUACAAAAAUGCCUGGGCUGGCAGUGCAAAUGCCUGUGCCAAGCAACAUGUGGGAACUGGUGGUGCCUUGAAGACUGACUUUACCAGAACUGGGAGGAGAACUCAUUUGGGACUUAUAAUGGAUGGCUGGAACUCAACGAUACGAUAUUAUCAGAACAACUUCUCUGAUGCAUUUAGACAAGAUUCCAUAGACCUAUUUCUUGGAAACUAUUCAGUGGACGAAUUAGAAUCUCAUAGUCCUUUAAGUGUUCCCAGGGACUGGGAAUUCCUGGCUUUGCCUAUUAUCACGGUUGUUGCCUUUUCAUUGUGCAUUAUCUGUUUGCUUAUGACUGGUGGCACUUGGACAGAAACACUGGCCUCUGUGCUCUUCUGGGGAGUUGCAAGCAUUGGAACGGCUUUUAUCAUUCUUUACAAUGGUGAAGAUUUUGCUGAUGCUCCCAGACUGGCCCAGAAAGGAAAGAUGGACUGAAUUUGUGUUUGCAGAAAGCGGCUUGGCUUGGAAGAUUCCAUUGCGCAGAUCUGUAGUCUUUACUGACUCGCUUUUCACAUCAGCCAGAGGUCUUUUUAAUGCCUUUAUCCAAAAGCAGAUCUUGUGCUCAGUG